GUCAAAUUACGAAAACAUGUCAAUAUAACCUUAAAUAUUUCAAUUUAAAAGGAUAAAAUUUACAAGAGGCAUUGAGUUUUUUGUUAAAAGCGUUCGAUAUGAAAGUAAACAUUGAACAGAUUUACACUUCGGUUGCAUGUAAUCGUAUUCCAGAAAUAGCUGAUUGGAAUAAUGAAGGUAUUGUUUGCUUCGGAGCUACAAACGCUGUUGUUGUUUACGAUACGGGAGAAAAAGGAGAAAAUCCACUGAAAGUUUUCAGUCACCACAAAUCUAAAGUCAACUCAGUCAAAUGGAUAUAUAAAAAAGAUGGCACUUGUACCAAGUUUGUGUCUUGCUCAGCUGAUAAAACUGCUGCAAUAUGGAGCCUGGUGGACGGUAUCUGGAGGGUUACAAGUUCCCUGGUUGGCCACACAGAUGGCAUUACAUGUAUUCACAGUAUUUACACAAAUGAAGAAGAUCUGAUUGUGUACACUGGUUCAAUAGAUUCCACUGUUAAAGUGUGGGAGCAAUGUAAUGGUGUGGUAUCCCUAAAACAAACAAUAAAUUUAAAUUCCGGUUUAUGUUUGACAUUGCACGCACACAAGCUGCCAGUAGUUAAUCAGUCAGUUCUGUUCUGUGCCCUGGAUGACCAUAAGAUACACAUAUUUGCUGGAGAGGAUUAUCAUAGAGUACAUGUACUGGUUGGACAUGAGGAUUGGGUUCGAGGACUAGAUGUGUUAGAUGUUGAUGAGAGUUCAGUGUUAUUGGCAUCUGCAUCACAAGACACAUAUAUACGUUUGUGGCGGAUCCAUUUGCAUACAGAAGUGGAGACCACAACCGAGAUACGAGUUGAACAGAAACUCUUCCAUGCUUAUGGAAAGGAUUGGUCAGUGAAGUUGGAAGCAAUAUUGGCUGGACACGAAGGCUGGGUGUAUGGAGUGCAGUGGCAUCCAACGAGAUAUGAUACAAAUACCAAAAGAAAUGUCCCAGUAUACAGACUAUUGUCAUCAUCUCUUGACAAAACUCUAAUAAUUUGGGAGCCAGAAUGUUCAGAGUUGGGUGAAGGGGCGUGGGUGGAGAAGGUCCGCGUAGGGGAGGUGGGGGGCAACGGGUUGGGCUUCUACGGCAGUCGUUUCGGCCCCAACGGCAAAUCUUUUCUUGGACAUGGCUAUAAUGGAUCUUUUCACAUUUGGACAUUGAAUGAGGAGACAAGUCAAUGGGAGCCUCGUGUGGUGUGCGGAGGUCACUUCGGCAGCGUGGAGGACGCGCAUUGGGAGCCUGAUCGUGGACGGUACCUGCUCAGCGUCAGCACAGACCAGACCACAAGACUGCAUGCGCCCUGGACUAAACCAGAUGGUGUCGUGGAGUGGCACGAGGUGGCGAGGCCGCAGGUUCACGGCUACGACCUGGCCUCCAUAGCUCCCCUCACUGCCACCACCUUCGCUUCCGCCGCAGAGGAGAAGGUCAUCAGGGUGUUCCAGGCUCCUCACAACUUUCUGCAAAACUUUCAUAAUAUUGUCGGCGAAAAGUUGGUAGAAGAGGAAAUUGGUGGUCCCGAAGGAGCUUCGGUGCCUUCCCUGGGACUAUCUAACAAGGCGGUGUUCAACGGCGAGGACGGUGACACCGGGAAUAAAGACGACAAUGACGGUUACUUCGUUCCUGUACAUUUGAACGCGCCCCCUAGCGAGGAGAUGCUGAUGCAGAACACGCUGUGGCCGGAGCGACGCAAGUUGUACGGUCAUGGACACGAGGUGUUCGCGCUGGCUGCCGCGCCUGAUGCGCGUCUGCUCGCCUCCGCCGCGCGCGCCAAUGCACAGGAACACGCCGCUGUACUCAUAUGGGAAACAACGAACUGGCAACAAAUACAGAAGCUGGUAUCUCAUACAUUGACCGUGACUCAGUUAGCGUUCUCACCGGACAGUCAACAGUUGCUAUCAGUAUCCCGCGACCGAAAGUGGACCUUAUACCAAAGGCAGCAAGGCACAGAUAUGUUUGAAAUAUCCGCGUGCACGGGCAAGAGUAACGGCGUUCAUACCAGGAUCAUCUGGUGCUGCGCCUGGGCUCAAGAUGGGGCGGUAUUUGCUACUGGAUCUAGGGAUGGCAAGGUGUGUGUUUGGCACAAAACGAAUCAAUUGAGCUCCACAUCAUUGAAGUACCACAGCCUUUGCGGCAAACCAUUGGAACUAGCUAACACAUCUGUGACGGCAAUCGAUUUUGUGCCCUUUACUGUUGACAAGCAGUGGGUACUUGCUACUGGUUUUGAAUCUGGUGUUAUCAGGAUAUACAGCUUUUGUAUCGACGGAUGGAGCUUGUUACAAGAAUUGGAUAAUAGCGCUGCUCAUCACUUAACCGUUAAAAGGCUAAUGUUCAAUCCUAAAAUGACGGAAAGUGAAUCCAGCAAGAGGGCGCUACUGGCGAGCUGUGGAAGUGACAACUUUGUAAGGAUACAUGGUGUUAAUAUAUCAAUAUAACAAUAAAUAUAUACUUUGUUAAUAUGUUCUCAUUUAUUUCUUAGUAAUAUGAUAAAUAGAAUACGAUAGCA